AUGUCUACCAUCGGAGAGAGAGAGAGGAGGAAGAAGAAGAUACAGAGGAAAUUCAAAAACAGAGGAUACCACCUCAAAGUCGGUGACCUAGACCUAAUCGCCGACCAUUUCCAACAAGACGCCGAUGAAGAAGCCGAUCAUUUUCCCCACGAAGCUAUCGACCAACUUCUCAAUCUCCUCCAGAAGGAAUCGUUCGAUGCGGAAUCGAUUCAAAGAUGUCUUGGCUCGGCGAAAGAAGAAUCCACGACGAGCGCUUCUUCGUUGUUGUUCAUCGACGCUUUUAUGGUGCCAAAGUAUCGUUAUGAUGCUGUCACGAAGCGGUUCAUCAUCCUCGAGGAUAUGCCUCCUCUUGUUCACGGUGAGGCAUCUGCGAAAACAGAAUUGUACAGAGAACGUUUCAUGUUACUGAAGCAGAGAGUCUCUCGCUCAGAGUAUUUUUCCAGGCCAGAGUUUGACUCUGACACGACGCAGAUCAAGAAGCAUGAGAUAUCUUCGGUACAGUCUCUAAUGUUUCAAGUGGGAAGAAAAUGGGUGAUGGGCAUGAUUUCACAGCUUGAGGAUGGACAUUUCUACCUCGAAGACCUUUCUGCUUCUUACAAGAUAACCACUGGUUUUUUCACAGAGAAUACCAUAAUUUUGGCAGAUGGUGAAAUGAAGAACGGUAUCUUUCAGGUGAUUACAUGCGGGUUUCCUCCUUUAGAAGAGAGGAUUAAAACACUAAAGACACAUUCUGAAUACGACUUCUUCGGAGGUAGCUUGCAAGAAGAGAUGGUAAUCCCUGAGUCGUCAUCGUUUGUUAUAUUGUCUGACAUAUGGCUGGACGACGAAGAGGUUCUUGGGAAGCUGGAAACGGUUCUUGAUGGUUUUGAAAGAGACGAGAAAGUGCCCACUUUGUUUGUUUUGAUGGGAAACUUUUGCUCUCGCCCAUGCAACUUAUCGUUUGCUUGCUAUUCAAGCCUGAGGCAGCAGUUUGGUGAACUUGGGAGAAUGAUUGGGAAACAUCGACGGCUGAAAGAAGAGAGUCGGUUUUUAUUCAUUCCAGGUCCUGACGACGCAUGUCACUCUACAGUCUUGCCAAGUUGCGGUUUACCAAACUAUUUAACCAAAGAGCUUCGGGACGUUAUUCCCAAUGCCAUAAUUCUAAGCAAUCCGUGCAGAGUAAAGUUCUACAACCAGGAGAUUGUGUUCUUCAGACAGGAUCUUGUGUACCGGAUGCGCCGUUCAUGCUUAAUAACACCUUCAUUUGAAGAAACUGAUGACCCAUUUGAGCACCUUGCCUGCACAAUAGUUCAGCAGAGCCAUCUAUGUCCUCUACCUCUCAUGGUGCAGCCCAUCAUUUGGAACUAUGACCACUCUCUUCGGCUAUACCCAACUCCUCAUACGAUAGUGUUAGGUGACAAGAGUGAGCAAAAGGAGUGCAAAAUUGGGGAAACAGCAUGUUUGAAUCCAGGCUCCUUUGCAACUGACUGCACUUUCGUUCUUUAUCGACCUUCCACUCAACACGUCCAACUUUCUGCUCUCUGA